CUGGUGCUGAUGAGCGCAGCUGCUUCAGAGUCACUGUACGGACAAGGAAGUGCUCCUUUAAAAACAGUACACUCCAUCUGAAUAGAGCCGCGUGGAGCUCCGGGAAUGUCACAUCUUAAUCUGUCCGAGGUCCGGUUGGUGGUCCUGGGCCGGGCCGGGGCAGGGAAGAGCUCCACAGUGAGCACCAUCCUGGGCCUGGAGGACGGCGCAGCUCUCUCUCAGGAAUGUAUGAAAUACACGGGCCAGGUUGCAGGCAGACAGGUGACUGUAGUGUCCAGCACUGACUGGUUCGGGUCAGGCUGCGUGCCAGAGGACAGGAGAAUACAGCUCUCUUCUCUGUUAGCCUUGUCCAGCCCUGGGCCCCAUGCCUUCCUCCUAUGUGUGCCCCUGAACCAGCCUGCUGAUGGAGAGACCAAGGCUCUUGAUGUUCUCGAGAAGGUCCUGGGUCCAGCCCUGGUCCAAAAUCACAUCAUUGUGAUGUUCACCCACAUAGAGGAGCUGGACCAGGAGGAAGGGCUGGAGGACUACCUCCUCAUCUGGAGGAAGGACCUGGCUGAGCUGGUGAGGAGGUGUGGGGACCGCUAUCACACGCUGGAGACAUGGCCAGGUAGAGCAAAGCCCGAUGAAGCAGUCCGAGAGUUGCUGGACAAAGUGGAUCAAGCCGUGGUGGCGAGUGGGGCGGACCACUUCAGCUGUCAACUGUAUCAGAGCAUAGAAGAACAGAUCCAGAAGAGACAGAGGGAGAUCAUUGGACAGAGACAAGCAGAUGGAUUGGACUCUGAAGACAUAGAGGGGGUGAGGCUGGAGGCAGAGAGGAGCAUAGAAGGCAUAGAUUUGAAUUUAGAUGGUCUGUUCCCAUCUAGUGAUGUCCAGGUGUCAACAGGCCGCUCCUUCUUAUGGGGGCUGUGGGAGAAACUGACUGGCUGGGUGUGGAGGCUGCCUAAACUGGUGAGGAGAGAAGCCCUCCUGGGGGCCCUGGUCGGUCUCUUUGUGGGGGGGCCAGUGGGUGGGGCAGUAGGAGCCACAGUUGGGUCAGUGGCGACUGAAGUGGGCAGAAGAAAAACACAGAAAUCAAAGUGAAAUACAAAAUCAGAGGUACUAAAUUUUUUAUGGAAUGCACCUUAGCGUCGCAUCACUGUUAUCGAGCACCCAUCAGCUGUAGAGAUAUAGUUUAAUUUUCACUAAGGCUUCAGUGUUAAGAGAAUGUAACCUUUUUGUGCCUUGAUGCAUCAUGAAAACAACUUCUGUUCAAUACAAAGUUACACAAUUUCACAAAACAAAAGUUUCCACACAUUGGUGGAUAACUAGUCACCAGGAUUUAUUUCCGCAUUUAAUCAUUGGCUGUAUUUGCACUUUAAAAAGUUAUUAUUCUUGUGUUGUUACAUAAUUAACCUCAGUAAGAGGUUAACUGCAUUACAGUAUUUUAUUUUAUUAUAUUUACUUACAAAUGUGGGUUAGGGGUAGAAAUCUGAUGUACCUAAAUGUGAUCCAGUUUAUGCAAGACCGCAUGUAUUUGAAAAGCAAUAUAUUUGUAAUUCAUUUGCAGACAGUUCAUCAAUUGAGCACAAUAGAACUCAAUAUAAUUUAUAAUGUAUUUAUUUCAUAAUUUGAUGUUUAAAAGUGAUUGGACUGGUUGUAGCACAUAUGGUGUUAUUGGUGUGAUGGAAACAUGCACAGCAUCUUUCAGAUAUAUGAUAAGUACAGACGCACUAAAUACAGCAGUUUGGAGGCACAGUUAAAUAAACUAUAUUGUCACACAUUACCUGAGAGCAGAGAACAUUAGUUCGUCUUGCUAAAUGCAAUACUUUGGAUGACCGCAUGGUGGAGACAUUCACCUUCAAAUUAAGCAUGAUAAAUUGUACGUUGUUUUUUUUUUUUUUUUUUUUUAAAUAAAGCUAUAUCUGCAUUUCA